UAUAUGCUGCCCCCUGCUGCAAACAUAUUAAAAAAAAAAGAGGCAACAGGACUGAACACGCAGAAGGCAAACCUCUUAUCACUUGCUGCAUGAGGCGUCAUAAUUGACUAGCGUUGCUAAUAAUCGUGCACGAUCAAGCACGCCAGACGGAGAAGAGAAUCAGCCGGAAAAAGUUUCUUAUCGGUGAACAGGCAAACGAAGUGAAGGAGUCUAACCUCAAAAGGAGGUCAGGAUACGCCCAACAGCCGAAGCACCAAAAACAAGCCACCCGGAUUGAACAGCUCGUUGACGGGUGGAGUUUCUGCCCAGCCGUGAGAAGGAGCGCUUGAGCUCCUUCCCUUGAAGUCCUGGGGGGGAGUCGAGUCCUGCUGCGCCGUCUCCCGAGAGACUAGAAUGCAAAACAUUUCACGUCACAAUGCCACAUAGAACAUCGGUUCUCUGAGCAGCCCUUGGCGUUUUAAAGGGGCCAUCUGAGGUGCAGUGAGAGAGAAUUGGCGCGCGGAUUAUGGAAGGAUUUUCUCAGACCUCACGGAAAAAUCGGGCUGAUGAGGAAGGCAAUGAUCCAGAUAGCAAAGAUACUGGAAAAGGAAGUUCAUCUUCUGAAGCUGAUAAUUCUGAUAAUGUACCGGAAGAUAAUGUGACAAUUCCAGAGCAGGAGAGUCGAAAGAUGGAGUUGCAUGAAAUCACAGAAGAGUCACAAGUAGCUACAGGUUCAGAAGAUCACCCAGGAGGAGUUACAAGUGCAAUUCCCAUACCUUCAACUAGUUCUUCCAAAGAAAUCAAAGUAGGAGAAAUUAGUGGUUGUCCAGAUAAGAGAUCAGAUAGAGCUUCUUCAGAGAGAAAAAUGGAGUUGUCUUCCCCAAGUUCCACAGAGACAUCAACAUCAAGCACAGGAAAAACCAAGAGCUUUCCAAGGAUUUUGGGAGGAGUUCGGAGAGAAAGUGAAAUCAGCAGGGAAAUAUUGGACACCAUUGUCGAUAUGCCUCAGCGACCCUUAGAAAUAUCUGUCUCAAUGCAGACAGAUGCAAGUUGGAUUCAUGACCACAUCUAUAUGAGAAAGGCUCCCCUUUCAGCUCCAAAGGAGCACCAAGAAGAGGUUCCUCCCGAGAAUGAUAUCUAUGCUGUUGUGCCCCAAGAUCUCAGCUGCUUAGAAAUUUUAUGCGACACAGAGUUUAGAGAAGACUUCUUAAAACUGUUUCAAGAAUCUCUGCAGACACUUUCCAGUGUUGGCCCACCUACUAUUAUAGCUUAUAGACCAGAGUCAUCAAGAGCAGAUAUUCACAUUGAGGCUCAGAAGGAAACCCUAGAAACCUGUGAAUUUUGUGGCAGCCCCAUAAAAUACUUUCCUUCAUUUGAAAGUCUGGAACACAUAGCAGAAUGGGGAAAUCUUUUCUGUUGCCAGCAAUGCCGGGAGCUUCAUGAGUUCAUUGUCAGUGAAAAAAGUCGCUAUCCAGAGAAAAUGGAGAUGAUUGAUAUUGCCCCUCAUAAGGCCCAUGGAAGUCAAGCUGACCGAGAACGGGCAAAAGAAAGAGCUCGACAAAGGCUCAGGGAGAGACAAAUGGCAAAACAAAUUGCCUUCAUGGCUGUAGAAGCAGAAAAGAGUGCAUUUCCAAUACAUCUCCCUGAAUAUAAUAAACAGCUUAAAACAAUUUCCUUCUUCCUGUCUCAAGAGACACCUUCUUCAGCAAGAAUUUUUUCACCAGUAAUUAAAGAAGCAGAGAUUGUGGACAAUACAUACAGCAUCUCUUGCUGUGAUUUCACUAUUGCAGGUGGAAAGUUGGUGAAAAACCAGUUCAUUCAACAGUACUACAAAAAUGGUGUGAAGUUCCUUACCAUGUUUCCAGAUGGCACUGCACAAAUAUUCUAUCCAUCUGGAAAUCUGGCCAUUAUUGUUGUACAGAAGAAUGAAAAUGCAGGGUACAUUUGUAUAGUCCAAGAAGAUAAGUGCGAGAAGCCUGAAAUCCAGGCAGUAUUUGACUCCUGUGGGAAAGGAACUUGCUAUCAUCCAAACCAAAUUGUAUGGAUAAAUAUUACUAUUCGAGGAGGACAUUACUCAGAUCAAGCUGGCAACAAAGUGAAAACAUGGAUUUGGCCCAAUAAUUUACAGAAACACAAUCCCCGUGUAACAUUUAAGCCCAUCUUUCUGUCCUUGAACCUUAAUGUUGGUGUCAGGAUACUCAGGCAAGAUAAAAUUGCCAUUUCUUUUCUUGCAAUGGGAAAACAAGCAAAAAUCAAUGUAGGAACCAAAGUCCAGCCACUUGCUGAACACCUUCCAUGGCCAAAGUACAUAGCUGAAGAUGACCUUCUGCUCUUCGCCAAUAGAUUAAAGAUUCUUCGCAUCUUUGCUAAACUGAAUAGAUAUUUAGACUUUCCUGCCAGUGACUGGUGGACUAAACUGGAGCUCCCUUCAUUUCUUUUGAAACAGACUUCGAAGUUAAUACAUCUUUGUAAAGAAUGUGAAAUAGACUGUGCUCUGGAUAAGUUAAUAAUGGCAAUACUAAAUUCACCAGUUUGAUCAACAGCUGAUAGUUGAUUGAUGUUGACUGAAUAGGGUUAAAGUCACUUGCUUGUUUAAAAUAUUUAAUAUUAAUCUGUUGAAUUCUGUAAGCAAAUUUAUUUAUAUUUAAUAUUUAUGUAUUCGUAAAGUAUACUAUAUAUGGGUAUCUUCUUGAAUGUUUGUUGCAUUGGAAAAUAUAAAUAUGAAGAAAACUUUAAUAAGAAAAUUGAAUUAUAUGCCAUAGGAUUCAGUAACUAUUCAUAAAACUCUAGAUCCACUUUGCUAUGGUUAAAAGAAAUCAUAAGCUUUUUAUGACCAUACUUUUAUACUAACCCACAUAAUUCAUCUGUUUUUUUUUCAUUUCUCCAUAUCUUUAAGCAAGAUAAUAAAUAAAACAGAAUGGUUGGGAUGAGGAAGGGGAUGGUCAAGCCACUGGCUUGCAUUUAGUUACAAUAUGGAUGGAAUUAGAUCCUACCAGGCAGUCAAAUUACACAUAAGAGUUUUGUAAAAACUGCUGGGGGAAAAAAAUGUUGUUCCCACUAUCUGAAAUCAAACCAUCCAGUUGUUAUUCAGACUCAUAUCCAUCUUUAGGGAAAAUACCUAAUGUACCUUUAUUAAAUGUAAAAGCAAUAGAGAAAAGGGUAUCCUUUAUAUUAAUAAUACUGUCUUGUUGAUAAACAACACUAGUCUUGAUAUAUUAACAAAGUUUUAUCUACUACACUUGGAGGAAACUAUUUUCUAGGAUGUAUGUUCCAGGGUCAGAAAAUAAAACUUCCCGUAUAUAAUGCUGGUGCUGAUAUCUUCCAAACUGCAGAAUACUUAUUAUCAUAAAAAUGAAAUACUCUUCACAAUCACUUGACCCCCAUUUCAUGACUUGUAAUGGUUCUAUUAGCAUAGGUAAAUUCCAUAUAUAUAUAUAUUAUGUUAUGUUAGCUAUGUUAAUUCUUGUUUAUCUUCUGAUCUCUCCUUUUCCUUUUGAGCUAAUGGACUAUUGGAAACAAUGUGUAUAAUAAAUUAUACCCUCCGAUGACCAGACAGUCCAUUGUUUUAAUUCCUGAAUUAAAACAAUGUAAUUGAGCAAUAUGGUAAAACAGCAGCAAAAAUGAUAGGACAUAUAAUUAAAAGGUGGAGCUGGGAUGGCUGUUACUUACUUACAUCAAAAUAACUCUAGCAAGAUAUCUAUGUUAAUAAAGCACUCUAAAAGCACAAUUAUAUAUCAAAAUACUUUACAUUUCCAUGGAUGCUUCCUUAGAUGUAAGCUUCAUUUAAAUCAAUGUGGUUUGUUUUUGAGUAGGAUGUACUAGUAUGAGAAGUUCAAUAUUUUAUCUAGAAUAGAAUAGAAUAGAAUAGAAUAGAAUAGAAUAGAAUUUUUAUUGGCAAGUGUGAUUGGACACACAAGGAAUUUGUCUUGGUGCAUAUGCUCUCAGUGUACAUAAAAGAAAAGAUACGUUCAUCAAGGUACAACAUUUACAACACAAUUGAUGGUCAAUAUAUCAAUAUAAAUCAUAAGGAUUGCCAGCAACAAGUUAUAGUCAUACAGUCAUAAGUGGAAAGAGAUUGGUGAUGGGAACUAUGAAACGAUUAAUAGUAGUGCAGAUUCAGUAAAUAGUCUGACAGUGUUGAGGGAAUUAUUUGUUUAGCAGAGUGAUGGCCUUCGGAAAAAAACUGUUCUUGUGUCUAGUUGUUC